ACUUAACCACGGUUAAGUCUUCAGCAGCUGUUGAGAACUUCCAACGUGUAUCAAUCUCGUGGCCACAAUCAUACCCUCUUCCGCUAUAAAUUAGCACCUCACCAACCUCUAUAUCCAUUGGCAACUGAAGACAAAUAUCUCAAAGCUCUCUAUCAAUCGACAAUGGCGUUCCCUAAGGUUUUCUUCGACAUAACCAUCGGUGGCCAGCCAGCCGGAAGGAUUGUGAUGGAGUUGUAUACUGAUAAAACUCCCAAGACGGCUGAAAAUUUCAGAGCACUCUGCACUGGAGAGAAAGGAGUGGGGCGCAAGGGAAAGCCACUUCACUUCAAGGGGUCUUCCUUCCACCGUGUGAUCCCUAGUUUCAUGUGCCAGGGUGGUGACUUCACCGCUGGAAACGGGACAGGAGGUGAGUCCAUCUACGGUGAAAAGUUCGAGGACGAGAACUUCGAGAGGAAGCACACUGGUCCUGGUAACCUUUCCAUGGCAAACGCAGGUGCCAACACCAACGGAUCUCAGUUCUUUAUCUGCACAGUCAAAACUGAUUGGCUUGACGGUAAGCACGUGGUGUUCGGACAGGUUGUGGAAGGGUUAGACGUGGUGAAGGCGAUAGAGAAGGUUGGAUCUUCGUCUGGAAAGCCCUCGAAGCCGGUGGUUAUCGCAGAUUGUGGACAGAUCUCUUAGAUUGAUGUCAUCUAUCCUCAUUUUAAUUAUAGCGUCAGUGUCCUUGUCUUCCCCCUCCUAGUGUUAUGUUUGGUGUCUCGUUUGUAUGAUGUGUAGUCAUAAGCUUGGCGUGUGUGUGUGUGUGUUCUCAUGGCAGUCUUUUGGAUUGACAGAGAGAAACUAGUCACCCUUUAAUUAACUACUACCAUAAAUAAAUGAGCUUGAAUAAAACAUGAAACUCGAGUCAAACAGCCGAAGAUAAGCAAGUUUGUAAAUACUGUUCUUCCUGGCUGGUGUUUUACGGAUAAUUAUAACUACUCCGAUCUCGGUAAGAUUUGGGUUCUUUGGCACCCAAGUGUUAACGUGAUCAUCC